AAACAGAUGACAUUAGACUCGUCUGUUUUGUAUAACGAAACGUAAUUUAACCUAAAAUUUAGUAAAUCAAUUCAGGGUCAAUUGUAAUUUCUAAUAUUUUGUUCAAAUAUUAGCAUACGAUUGUCUCGAGAGCGUUUGCGUCCGGAGAGGGUAUUCUUACGCGUAGUGACUCAUCAAUUUCCGUCGUGUACAAGCAUCAAAAUGUUUUACAGACAUAUUUUAAGAACUUUCACCUAUCCACGAAUACGGUGCCUAAAUAACGGUUUUAGGAAUAAAUAUAGUAAUUUCGGCAGUCCUGCAUCGCUCUCCACAUCUAUAAAGGCGUUAAAGGAUGAAAAGGUGAAAGUUACCUUCGUGUUAUAUGACGGCAAGCGGCUGCAGGCGGAGGCGAACGUCGGAGACUCCUUGCUCGACGUUAUCGUCAACAACGACCUUAACAUUGAGGGUUAUGGCGCCUGUGAAGGGACACUCACCUGCUCCACAUGUCACGUUAUACUGAAGCAGGAGGACUACGACAGGUUACCAGAAGAGGCGUGUGACGAGGAGCGUGACAUGCUCGACUUGGCCUACGGCCUCACGGAUACCUCUCGCCUCGGCUGCCAAAUUAUCAUGACUAAGGAACUCGACGGGCUGGAAGUAAAGGUUCCAGAAACCAUCAACGACGCGCGCAGCUGAUGCGGAAGAAUAAAAGUAAACACUUUUAAUAUCAGGGACGCAUUUUAUAAAGCUACUGUUACAAUUAUACGUCUAAGGCCAGGACCACACCAAGCGGUACCCUGGGCCUUAUAACUGAAAGAUGCAGCAGGAAAAGACAAUGGUCCUACGAUCUGGUUAGGAUUGUCGGGAGAAGGAAAGGGGGAGGGACUACGCCAUGGGAUCUUAUGGAUGAGGGCAGUACGAACAUUCGUUGUGAAGACCCCUAGCCUCGUAAGGCCCAAUGUGCAUUUCAAUGUACAGUGAACUGCAAAAGUACAUACCCACCGUUUGCAGCUGUGUGCAGGUACACUACGAUUCAAUCUAAUUAGGACCUUCAUAAACCAAAUAAAUGAGCUUUUCUUUUAUUUCCCGAACAAACGAAAUUCAUCUCAACUUACAAUACAACAAGGUUCAAAUUUAAAACAGGAAAUAUUUAUAUGUAUGUAUGUAUGGUGGCCCUUACGAGGCUACGGGGGGAGGGGGGGGGGGUCUAUAUUCAGCAUAGACGUCUUAAAUUUCGGCUGAUAUAAUGAUGAUGAAGUCUAAAGCGACACCACUGGCUAAAACUCCCUUCGCCAUUGCUCAAGCGUGUCACACUGUUCCGUUUCAUUUUUCAUGCUCUGAAAUUGGGUCGUUGUUGUUCUAAAAAGUGUGUAGAAAACGAUACGUUUCUGCACUAGAGCAUUUUACUUUCCCAAUAAGUUUUUUUCUUUUAUAUUACGAUAAACAAUUAAAAUUUGAUUUUAAUUGGAUUUGUAGUACAAUUUUCAUUCUAAUAUUUAACUCCCCAUUCCAUAAAUCACGAUACAUUUACCUAAUUUGUUAAUUGAAAGUACCCUUAAGAAAUAUUACUAGAGUUUAUACUUGGCCGUGUUUUUUAGAUGCACAUGUAAAUUACUUUCCUCGUAUUCGAAAUGAAAAGUAGUGUCUAACUCGGGUGAAAGGCACUCAUAUCUGUCGAGGUAGUUUGGCGCCCAAUAGUCCGAGACUGAAAUGAGUGCCUUUCAUCCCUUGGUUAACAAUCUUUACACCCGUGAACUUGUAACGUAAAACGUAGCUUUAUAAAAUGGCGUCUAGGAAUAAAUAAAGGUUAAUGACAUUGACAACAGGACAUUUAGCUGAUUUUAUCUCAAUACUGGAACAAAUGGGAAUGUUUGAGUUGAUCCACCCAUUUCCACCUGCCACCAAUGUAAAAUGCGGAAUGAGAUUCCCAUAGUAAUGGGAUAAUUCAGGUCGACUGUACUGCAAUAGGUAAUUUUAUUUCUAAUAGAAGCGUGUUUUCAUAGGACGCUCCAAAUAAAUAGUGCUCAUACCAUAAAUAUUAUUUUGAUGUACAGUCAGCAUCAAAAGUAGCGGAUCAAAUAACGCUUCAUAAGUAACCAUUCUGUAACGGCUUAACAAAAAAUUAUGUCUUUAAUAUAGAACAACUAAGACCGUAAAAGAUAUAGUUUUGAACGUGAAUCUUAGAAAUUUAUCUAUAUUUGGAAAAGUUAUCCGGGAUGUCAGAUACUUUUGGCGCGUUGUUUCAUCCGCUACUAUUGAUGCUGACUGUUCAUACAUGUAUAUUAGGGUUUAUACUUUCGUAGGACACUGUGAUUUUCUACGAAUGUUGAAAAUAGGUAAAUUUGGUACGAUUUCCAUAAUUAUUGAAAGACCUUGGUAGACCAUUAACUGUUUUGCAUAUACUGUAUAUAGUAUACAUCGUGUUUUUAUUGAAUUCCGUUAACUUCCGAGGUAUCGGUAAAUACGUUUAAGAAAACUAAAUGGCAUAGAUAAUAAAAAAAAAAUAAGUAAAUAAAUGUUGCAUAUGGCGUUGAUAUAACACGCGCAGUACACUUAACUCAACCAAACAAUUGAAAACUGUGACAUAUCCAUCGUCCGAGAUAAUACUUACGUUUAGUAGCAAAUGUAUGAUCAUGAAUAGGAUGAUUUAAACUUUCACGGUUUUUACAAAACUGCGUGGUCUUCUCCGAGACCACGGGGACGACGCCGUCCUCGAAACGUAGGAUUUCUCGUCGUUUAUAUUACUUAGUAAUGUAUGAACUGUACUAAACACUAAUCAAUAUGUAAACAGGCCUUAAGGCAAGUGUACACGCUCGUAAGCGCCUUAUCAGAUAAAAAAUAAUUAUUGAUUAUCUCUGAAAUGGAGUUAAUUAGAAUACCGGUGUCUUUGAGAAAGUUACUUAAUUGAAGCUCAAGGAUGCACCCUUGAAAUUAACGGAAAAAAAAACACGGUGUAUAGGUACCAUAGGUAUAAUGUUUUAGGAACUGUUACGAAAAUGUGCCUAAGUACGUGAAAUGCUUCCAUUCCUGUUAGAACAAUUUGCAUAUUUAUUAUGGUAUUUUUAUGUAUGACUGACAGGCAGCUGAACGAACACCUCAAAAUUUUAAUAUUCUCCUGAGUCCCAGAGGCUCUUAUUAAAGUUUUAUUCCAAAACGUAGUUUUAACUUUGAUUACAUAAGUCAAGGUUCCAGAUUCAAAAACGAAACUAACGAUUCUGUGGACUUAGGAGGUUAUAAUUAUUUAUUAACAAAAUUCACAAAACUUCAAGAACUAUUUUUCGAUCGAACACCUAUAGUUAUGUCUAUUGGUAAACUCUGGCAUAUAAUUUUAAAGUUAUUUUAAAUAGGUGUACGAUGUUAUACGUGUAUUAGUUGUAAUAUAUAUUUAAGAUCCAAUUUUAUUAUGUUUAUUGUGUUUGUUCAUAUUAUAGAUUUUUGAAAGAUAUUUUACAUUAAAGUUGUUCAUCUACAA